AUGGGCGGUAUUGUUGCGAGAUCGCGGACUCCACCUCAAGCUACCGAAAAGGAUGACAGGUCGGGACUUGCCCCGGAGGCAGGAAGAGAAUCUCUGGCGGCGCAGGGCCAAAGAUGCGAGCGGGUAGAUGUACCGCCGCGCCCCGUCCGCCCUCCACGCCGCGCUUGCCGGGGUCGCCCCCAGUCACAGGGAACCGCGUGCGAGGACCAUCAGCCAGACAGACAGACGCACAGACACGGCGAGGAGGGACAGAGUGGAGCUGGCGCCGGCCUACACGUCACCGCCCCGCUGCAGCGCCAACGUCGGCACGUCGACUCGUCGACUCCUGGCCCUGCGCCCCGCCUGCGUGCGCGCGCCGCCCCGCCACCCGCCUCCAGCCUCUCGUCCGCUGGGCUCGGAGGAGCAGAGGCGGAAGGUCCGAGCGGCGGCGAGGAUGCGCCCCUGGGCGGGAGCAUGCGCCCCCGGGCGGGAGCGGGCGCGCGCCUGCGCGCGUGCCGGGACGCUCUGCUUUACCCUGGCUGCCCGCACCGGGCCAGGCCUGCCAUGUCGACCUCUCUACCUGUGAGUUUUUCCCCUGCAUUUACUUCAGUCGGCCGCGUCUUCUCCCCGCCCUUCUCCGUAAGGUUGUAUCCACAAGUACCAGCAGAGUGCCUGACACAUAUUAGACAUAAUUUUGGCGCCCAGAACUUGGGACAUGAAGAAGGGCUGAAGAAUGUCCAUGAUGGAGAAUUGAGAAACAAGACCAUUUGCAUCAACAGGAAUUUGGAAGAAGACCCUCACCAGAUGUGACCCCUUGAUCUUGGAAUU